GCCCCGACCCCGGCCCAGGCUGCAGCCCCAGCCCGGGGGUUUCUUGAUGUGGCCGCGGCCCCAGGGCAGCCCCAGGCCCUGCAGAGAUGGUGUGUGGGGCCCCUGCCCGGCUCUGUCCGCUCGGGCUGCGGGGCCGAGCUCCGCCCAGGCCCUGCGGAGAGCACGAAGGAAACAGGCGGCCGUGCUGGGGAAGUGGAAGUGCCUGGCCAGGAGCCAUGGCCGCGGGGGACCUGGCGGGGAGCUUCCAGGAGGAGGUGACUUGCCCCGUGUGUCUGGACUAUUUCACGGACCCGGUGAUUCCCGAGUGCGGACACAACCUGCAUCGGGCAGUGCUGGGGGAGCCGCAGCCCCAGGGCUGCUGCCCGCAGUGCAGGGCGCCGGCCCCGCACAGGGACCUGCGGCCCAACAGGCAGCUGGGCAACGUGGUGGAGCUGGUGAAGCGGCUGCGGCUGCCGGCGGGGAGCGAGCCCGCGGGGCUGCCCGUGUGCCGGACGCACCAGGAGGCCCUGAAGCUCUUCUGCCAGGAGGACGAGGCGCCCAUCUGCGUGGUGUGCGCCAGGUCCCGGGAGCACCGACAUCACACUGUGAUUGAUCCCCGUGGAGGAGGCUGCCCAGGACUACCAGGAGCGGAUGCGGAGCCGCCUGGAGCGCCUGCGGGAGCAGAGAGAGGAGCUGCGGGGCCUGAACCGCGCCUGGGAGCAGGAGAGCGAAGGGCUCCGGAGGCAGACAGAGGUGGAGCGGCAGCUGGUGGUGUCCAAGUGCGAGGGGCUGCGCCAGCUCCUGGCUAAACACGAGCGGGUCUGCCUGGCCCGGCUGAGAGAGAUGGACACGGAGAUUGAGAGGAAGAGGGAGGAAAAUGCCGCCCGCCUGGGCGAGGAGACUGCCCGCCUGAGCGCCCUGAUCACGGAGCUGGAGGGGGAGUGUCAGCAGCCGGCGCUUGAGCUCCUGCGGGCGAGACGGGGUCAGACGUGCCCCAGUGCCCGGCCCAGAGAGGCGAUGUCCCCCGAGUCCCAGGGAGCUCGCAGGGUGAUGCAGGGUAGGGGGGCAUCAGGGCACAUGCAGGUCCCCAGGUCUGGAGCUGCAGGGACACGGGGGCUGGGGCAGUCGGGGAGGCAGGGUGGGGUAAGAAAAGGCUGCUCCUGCUCCUGUCCUAGUCCCAGGCCCAGGCAGAGGGGCGUCCAUCCCUGCAGAGGGGCCGGGGUGAGUGAGGCCGUGCUGGUGGAGGCACAAGGAAGGGCUGCCCUGGGCGGUGACAGUGACUCUGUUCUGUGUCUUGUCCCCUCCAGGAUGUCAGACGCGCCAUGAGCAGGUACGUUCGGGUUUCAUCUCACCCAUGUUCUCCCACUAGCCAAGACAAGGUUGCAGCCCCAGCCCGCAGCCCCUGAGUCUGGGAGAGUUUCUGCUCCGGAUCCAGCCUCCUCCAUCCCUGUGGCCCUGGGGCUGGUGCUGCCACCCUGUGCCCCAGCCGGGGCAGGGGAUCCCACCACCCUGGGCUGAACAAGCCCCUCCCUGGGGCCGGGCUGGGCUCUGGGCUCUGUAAUGGCUGGAAGUCUGUCCUGGCAGAGGGGCCAGGGGGUUGUGGGGAGGGAACCGAGGGUCUGAGCCCAGGCCCCAGUGGGACAGUGUCCACGGGCAGAGACCUCCCCAGAGCACGGGCCUUUGAUGCUGGGAAUGAGACUGCGGUGCAUCUUGGCCCAGAGACUGGGCCCCUCAGUCCCAGGAGCAGCCUGUCCCUGUCCCUGUCCCUGUCCCUGUCCCAGAGCGGGCGGUGGUCAGGACGCGUGUCAGGGGCUCAGGCUGCCUCUGCCUGGCUGCAUUUUCUCUGAGGAUGGGCCAAGACCAGGGCCUGAUAGGAGAGUGAACAUUUCCAACCCCUGCACCAUGUAGCUUCAGGGCAAAAGCCCUGGACCACACUCGAUGACACCAGCAUCCAGGUCUUUCCGUAGAGGUUUUCCCUCUGGCACUGGUGCAAGCCGUACAGGGAAUAGUAGUGCUUUGCUGG